UCAAGUUCCAAGGCAUCCUAUCCUUCCUCAACACGCCCCAAGGCAAGCUAGUCCCUUGCAACCUCUCAACCCAUAAUACCUAAACAUAGCAACCUCUCUCUCUCCACCCUGAUUGCGCGGGAACAACGACGCUGGAAUGUUAGGCGCAUCUCGUAGCACCACCAACAGCACGGCGUCGAGAUGAGCGGUGGUGGCGACGGCGGCGACAAGGAGGCCUUCUUCCACUGCCUGGACCGCGUGCCUUCCGGCCUGCACCUCGACGCCGAUUUCCCUUCCGAUGACGAAGAAGACGACGAGGAUGACGUCCGCGUCUCCUUCACCUCUGCCGCCGGCGACCAGCAUUUCAAGAGCUUCCGGUACCAGGCGGCCGUGCCGGUGGAGGAUGACGAGGAUGACGACGACGAUGACGACGACGACGAGGACACGUCCAAGUACGACAUGUGGAUGUCCGACGAGCCCAUGUCCAUCCAGGAGCGCCGCCGCCGCCUGCACCAGGGGCUCGGGAUGGCCAGCAGCCGGGACCUCGCGCUGCGCCGGCACAGCAUGAAGAAACGCCCCGCCGAUGUCCCGCGGGCCAUGUCCCGGAGCGUGUCGAGGUCAAAGCCACCGCCGUCGCCGAUCCCAGCCAAUGCGGCCUCGGCCGCCAACGUGCCGAGCACUACCUCUGUGGCGCAGGCGGCGGCUGCCGCGCCGCGGCCGGCGAAGGAGGUCAUCACGAGGCGGCGCUCGGACAGCAACCUUGUCGUGCGCGACGGUGCGUCGGUCUCGGGGAAGCCACCGUCGCAGCAGCCCUUGCGACGCGUUCUGUCCUUGCCGGCUCGGCCUGACGCCCGCGACAGCACGCCCGUCGUCGGGAAACCUCAAGCCGGGGCUCCGCGUGGGUUGCCUGUCGUGCCGCCGCAGGCAGCGCCAGGGAUUAAAGGCGGCAAAGGCGAUGGCGACGAGGGGAGCAAGAACAAUCGGGACGGCGAGAAGGAGGUCGCCGUCGUGGCCGCCAGCACGCCCAAGGACGCUUCGUCGAGCACCCAGCAGCAGACGGGCGUGCUGGGGCUUGAGGAGUUCGAGAAGUUCAUCGGCAACACCCCCAUCAUGAAGCUCAUGCGGCGUGGCACGAGCCAGAACCAGCCCGCGCCGCUGCCCGCCGGCGUGCCGCCCAAGGCCGACAAGUCGGGCGGCAAGAAGAAGGGCGGCUGGCUCAAGAACAUCAAGUCGGUGGCCAUAGGGUUCAUGCAGGACAAGGACGCCAACGCCAAGUCGGGCGUCGUGUCCGCGGCGGCGGCCGUGCCCAAGUCCGUCCCAACCAAUGCCUCCGCCGGGUCUGCUGCGCCGCCGGCCGCGGGUUCCGAGCGGCCCAAGGUGCACCAGUAUGGCAAGUCGAGCAAGGAGCUCACCGGACUCUACAUGUGUCAGGAGAUCCAGGCGCACGAGGGGUCCAUCUGGAGCAUCAAGUUCAGCGCGGACGGGCGGCGGCUGGCCAGCGCCGGCGAGGACAGCGUGGUGCGCGUGUGGCAGGUGGUGGAGACCAGCGCCCCGCCGUGCUCGCUGGCGAUGGAUGGCAAGUCAGGCCCGCUGGCCCCGCUGCCGUCCCCCGGCGCGGCCGACGGGGCGUCUUCAACGACGACGCCGGCGCUGGCCUCCAUGCCCAAGAAGCCGGCCAAGGGGAAGAGCGGCGGCAGGGACGCGCUCCCCGAGCACCUCGUCGUCCCGGACAAGGUGUUCGCGCUGGCUGAGCAGCCGGCGUGCGUCCUCGAGGGCCACCAGGACGACGUGCUCGACCUCACCUGGUCCAAGUCCGACCAGCUGCUGUCGUCGUCGAUGGACAAGACGGUGCGGCUGUGGGACACGGAGAGCCAGGCGUGCCUCAAGACGUUCGCGCACAGCGACUACGUGACUUGCAUCCAGUUCAACCCGGUGGACGACCGGUACUUCAUCAGCGGGUCGCUGGACGCCAAGGUGCGGCUGUGGAGCAUCCCCGACCGGCAGGUCGUCGAUUGGACGGACCUCAACGAGAUGGUCACCGCGGCCUCCUACACCCCUGACGGCCAGGGGGCGAUCAUCGGCUCGCACAAAGGGAGCUGCCGGCUGUACAAGACAGCAGACUGCAAGCUUAGCGCAGAGGCGCAGAUCGAUAUCCAACCCAAGAAGCGCAAGGCGCAAGCGAAGAAGAUCACCGGAUUUCAGUUUGCUCCGGGGAACCCUGCCGAAGUGCUGGUCACAUCUGCCGACUCGCAGAUCCGUGUCUUCGACGGCGUCACCAUGGUCCAAAAGUUCAGAGGUUUCAAGAACACGAGCAGCCAGAUCACGGCGGCCUACACCUCGGACGGGCGGUACGCCGUGUGCGCGAGCGAGGACUCGCACGUCUACCUGUGGCGGACCACCCGGGUGCCGCCGGCCGCGGCCAUCGGCAUCGGCAUGAAGCCCAAGGCGUGGUGCACCAUCCGCUCCUACGAGAACUUCUACUGCAAGGACGUGUCCGCCGCGGUCCCCUGGACGCAGUCGCCGUCCCCGCCGGGCGCCGGCGACGGCAGCCCCACUGGCGGCAGCCCAGCGUCGGCGGACAAGCCGCCGCAGGGCGCGUCAUGCAACGACGAGUCCUGCAGCGUCGCCGCCAAGCCGGAGGGCGGCGACCCGAGCAGCUGCAGCGCCGCCGCUGCCGAGCCCAGCAGCUCCGCGCGGCAGGGUGGCGCCAAGGGCGACGGCGGCAACGCGUGGGGCCUGGUGGUGGUCACGGCGAGCUUGGGCGGGGAGAUCAGGGUGUACCAGAACUUUGGGAUGCCGUUCAGGAUCAAAGGCCAGGCCAAUUUUUUCUAGUGAUUUUGGGCACUCCCGAGACUGCAAUUCGUUUGGCUGUUCCUGUUGGUGACUUCUCUUCUCCUAACUAUAUCAUUUUGUGUAUGUGAUGUGCAAUGAAAAUAGUCAAGGGUGCCAUGAUUUGGCGUGUUUUAGCUGCUGAGA